CAAAUUACCAAUAAUUUAUUAAUAUUUAUUGACAAUAAGUUUCCUUGUGCGUCAGUGUUUCCGAAACAAUAAAAUUUUCAUUGGGAUUUCUGGUAAAAGAGACUUUUUUCCAAAUUGACCUAUAAGUAAGGAGGGUUAAUGAACAAUCGGGCUAAAGAUUGUUGAUGCAUUUAUUAUUUAAAUUUAUACCGGAUCGUGGAUUUAUAAAUUAAAGCAAUUAACUUGGGUUGAUACACAUCAAUGCAGUUACUUACAAUAUGAAGGUACUAUCGGAUCCAUCGAUUGAUAACAAUAAUAAUAAUGUUGAUAAAACUAAUAGUGAAGAUAAAAUGAAAAUUGUUUGGACAAAUGUUAUUUUAUUUAGUAUUUUACAUCUGGUCGCGUUUUUUGGCAUUUUUGCAAUAGUUAAGGGACGACCGGCGCCUGCGACAAUUAUUUUCGAUCUGAUUGUUGGAAUAUUGAGCCAAAUUGGAGUGACAGCAGGAGCUCACAGACUAUGGUCACACAGAUCAUAUAAAGCUACAUUACCCUUGAGACUUUUACUGGUAAUACUGGACACUUUCGUUUAUGAAACGUCAAUCAUUAAUUGGUCUCGUGACCACCGAGUGCACCACAAAUACUCAGACACCAACGCCGAUCCGCACAACGUAAACAGAGGCUUCUUUUUCUCUCACAUCGGUUGGGUCAUGGUGAAAAAACAUCCAGAAGUCAAAGAAAAACAAAAAGGCAUCGAUUUGUCAGACCUCUAUCAAGAUCCUUUGUUGAAGUUCCAGCACAAACAUUACAUGCCUUUAAUGACGAUUGCCUGCUUUGUAAUUCCUGUCAUUGUGCCGAUGUAUUUUUGGAUGGAGACUUUUACUAAUGCUAUUAGCCUCAACAUAUUGCGUUACUUGAUUAUUGUACAUAAUACUUUGACUAUUAACUCGUUUGCACAUAGAUUUGGAAACAAACCUUAUGACAGAUCCAUUCGGCCAUCAGACAGUACCGGUAUCUCUUUAGUAACAUUUGGCGAAGGUUUUCACAACUACCACCACACAUUCCCGUGGGACUACAGGUCAUCGGAAUUUGGAGCGUUUUCUUUCAAUUUGACCAGGAGUUUUAUCGAAUUUUUUGCUAAAAUUGGUUGGGCCUACGAGCUGAAAUUUGCUUCAGAAGACAUGAUCAAAAAGAGAGUCAGUAGAACUGGAGAUGGAAGUCACGAAAUAUGGGGUUGGGGAGACAAAGAUCAACCUCAGGCAGAUUAUAGUUCGGCUGUUAUAUUGAACAAAAUGAAAAAGAGCUUAGUAUUAUAAGAGUAAAAUAUUAUUUAUUUCAAAAACUCAUCUGCUAAGUAGAUCUAAGUUUCUGAAAAGGCGAAUUAAAGUUUUGAUGAGUUUGUGAACAAAGUCCAAAGGCUGUGUUAUUAGUUAAGUUAAUAAUAUUUUUAGCUCAAGAUAAUCAUUUAGCUUAUAUAUUUAUGUUGAAUCUAAGUGGCUUUGCAAUGGAGGGUUGUUUUUUUGUAUUGGGUCUUGAAACAUAACAACAGUAUUUCAUCGUUUAGGUCCAUCGUCAGUUUAGUAUUUACUUAAUUUUUCACUUUUUUUAUGAAUAGGUAAUAGGUAGCUACUUAUUAUUUUUAAAUAUAUUUGUAGUGAUAGUAAUUUUGCACUUUUCUCUCUAGGUUUAGGUAAUUUAUCUAAAAAAGUGUACAUAGUAAUUUGAUUAGAUCAAUAAAUUGUGAAUUUUUGAUGAAAUUAAAUAAUUUUUAUCUUAA